CUAGCACUGCAUUUAUUUCUUUAGCACGUGUAGCUAGUAGCUGCGCACGGUUGCUUAAAUUAUAUUUUUAAAGCGCUAAAUUAAACAUAUUAGCGAUGGUUCCCAACGAAAAAAGUUUCCCCCGCGGAGGGACAAUUCACACAGAGGCCAAAAGCGCCGACAGCACCUCCAACAUUGUAUUCGGUGCGUCGCAAAAGAAGGUGAAAAAGUCCUUGAAACCGAAAGACAACCUGUUGGAGGCUGCCGAUGAGUCCACAAAUGAGCAGCUGGAGGCCUUCUCCGCGGAGACCCUAAACAUGGACACGCUGCAAGAGGACAUGCUGGUCAUGGGAGUGGUCAAGGGUGUCACCCCCACCGCCCUCCAGGUGGCCCUGCCCGGUAGGAUGUUCGCCCGCACCUUGGUGGCGGACAUAUCGGAGGCCUAUACGCGAGUGGCCAAAGCGGCGAUGUCCGGCGACACCACUGACUAUCACGACCUCACGGAACUGUUCCAGCCUGGCAGGAUUGUCUACGGACGAGCCAUCAAGACGGAUAAGCUGAAUUGCAACCGCACCACCUUGCUGCUUUCUCUUAAGCCAUCGGAGGUCCACUCCAGUCUCCAUCACAAGAACAUCAAGAAGGGAUUCAUCUUCUCCGGAGCCGUCGAGGAGAUCCAGGAACAUGGCUACGUGAUCGAAACCGGAGUUCAGGGCCUACAGGCCUUUGUGGCCUGUGAGGAGUCGAAGCAAUCGCUUCACGUGGGCCAACUGGCCUUCGUCAAGGUGCAGCAGAUCCAGCACGACACCCACAAGAGCACCUGCACCUGCGUCCUGGUGGAUCAGAGCCAACUGAAGGUCAAGAGCCAGAACGAGUCGAAUCUGGACUACAUUCUGCCCGGCAGCAUAGUGCGGUUCAAAGUGAGCAAGCACCUGAAGGACGGCCUCAAGGGCAGCAUCAUGAACGAGUCAUUUGCCGCAUACACCAAUGAGCACCACCUGGCCAGUCCGCUGGACACCUUGGACGCCUAUGAGCUGAACCAGGACUACUAUGCCAGGGUGCUCUACGUGAUGCCGCUCACCAAGCUGGUGUACUUAACCCUCAAUCUGGACAUAAAAACAGACCCGGAGACGGGGAUUCAACAGGAUGAUGCGGAUGGGGAUGAGGAGCUGGAACCCCUCAAGGUCGGAUCGGUGGUGGAGAAGGCCAAGGUGCUGCGCCUGGGCAGCGGUGGUGUGGUGCUGCUCCUCAACAAGAAGCUGAAGGGUAUCAUAUCCUUCAAGUCCAUUCGGUCCAACUACAAGGGCAACUACGACAAGGACGAGGUGCUGUCCAAGUACGGACGCAAGACGAAGCACAAGGUGCGCAUCCUGGGCUACGACGUCAUCGAGUCCAUGUACUACUGCUCCGACGCUCCGAACGUGGUCAACGAGAAGGUCUUCAGCCUGACGGACAUAAGCGCCGGCGACAUCGUCACCGCGAAGAUUGUCAAGAAGAACGAUAAGAUCAAUGGCUGGACCCUGAAGAUCGGCAAGGUGAACGCCACCCUCGAACAGCUAUACCUCGCUCCGAACGUGCGGUACGAAGCUGGCCAGCCACUGCGAUGCCGGGUCCUGGAGGUGAACUCCGAUCGCAAGAUCUGCUACCUGAGCAAUCGGAGCGAGUACCUGGCCAAGGGACUGAAGCUGCUAACUGACCUGAGCUCGGCCCAGGUGGGAGGUGUCUACACGGGAACCGUUGUCCGUUGCGACGACCACCUGGUUCUGGUGAAGUUCGGCAGUGGCAUUGAGGGAGUGCUCUACAGGCAGAAUAUGAAGGGUCAGAGCUCCUUCUUCGAGGGCCAGACCACAAAGUUCCGCAUCCUGAGCAGGAACAAGGACAAGAUAACUCUGACCCUGCCGGAGGACAAGUUCCAGCUGGGGGAGAUCUGCCCGGUGGAGAUAACCAACACCUUGGACGCUGGCUUGGAAAUCAAGAUCACCUAUGCCGCCGAGGAGGACAAGGAGGACGACGAGGAGGAUGGUGAUCCGAAGGUGGAGGAGUUUGUGGGCCUCAUCCCCUUGAGAUUGCUCUCGGAUCACUUGGAGCUCCUUCAGGCCCAGGUCCGGGUGCAUCCGGUGGGCUCGCUAACCGAGGCAGCCUGCAUCGUCCAGAACAUCUUCAGCCUGCGCGACGUGGCCUACUUCAGUGGCCAGAUUACGAAGGACUGGAAGUCGGUGCAGGUCGGUGACAUUAUCCGCUCCUAUGUGAAGAACGCCACCGAGCAAGUGGUGGACCUCAUGGUCUCCGUGCGGAACUACAACAAGCCAGUGAAGGUUCACGUGAAGAUGCUCCGCCUGAAUGCCGUGAAGAACACGCCAGUGGAGCUGGUCCCGGAGCAGCUGCUGAUGGUGAAGGUCCUGAGCAAGGAGCCGGAGACCAAGACCCUGACUGUAUCCGCCAAGCUGACGGAUGUGUGGAGUGGAGACUUGACAGACACCGCCAAGUCGGUGGAAAGAUAUCUGGAUGAAGUGGCUCAGAUUAGGACGGGACUGAAAGAGAUCUCGGCCCCCAUUGCCAAGUACUCCGUGGGCGAGAAGAUCAACGUAGUGUUCCAGGGCAUUAAUUCAGAGUCCCACGACUGGGUCUACACCGUGGAAGGCUCUUCCAAGACCAGUGCUCUGCUCCUUUCCAGUCUGGCUGGGACGGCCACUGCUCCUCCGACGGGCAGCAAGCACCCGGCAGUCGUCCUAUGGGUGGACUACUCCAGCGAUGUGCUGCUCAUCAGCAACAAGAAGGUGGACAUUGACCGCAUAUCCGCUGGAGGGGAUCUGCCAAAGAAUCUGAUCGGAAAGGCGGGCAUGAAGGCGAAGGUGCUCCUAAAGCUGGAGUCCGUGGUGGUGUGCUCCUUGAAGAAGGGCAUCAAUCCACUGGUCAUCUGCCCGGUGCGCCUGCAUCCCAACGACGUGGAGAACUCCGCCAGUGCUGGGCUGCGCCAGGGCGACUUCUGCAACAUAGCCUUCAUCCACGACCGCCAGCUCAUCGCAGUGCCCGAGCCCGUGUGGCGGCUCUGGAGAGGAGUUAAGCGUUCAGUGGUGGAGGAGCCGGCCGUGAAAUCCAAGAAGGCAAAGCUGGAAGUAGAGACUCCCCCAAAGAAGGCGAAGAAGGAAGACACGAAGAAGAAGGCCAAGGCGGAGGAGCCGUCAGCUAAGAAAAAGACAAGAACUGCGGACACUGCGGAAACACCCACCAUUACCAAUGGCCAGAAAAAGGGUCAGCCUCUGACCAACGGAAAGGUGCGGGAGACAUCCAAGCAGAACGGACAGCUGUUCUUCGAGGACAAGACGCCAGCCAAGAAGGCCAAACUUGAAACCCCAAAGACCAACGGAGCUGACACCCGAACGCGAAUGCCGGGCGUGUCUAGCUUCUGGGAGAGCGAUCCCAACCAGUCCAAGACCAACUCCAGCGACGAAGACGAGGACCAAGAUGCCGCAGAGGCUCAGCCAGCCAAGAAGAAGCGGCUGAGUGCCAAGGAGAAGGCCAAGGCGGAGGUUAGGGAGGAGCAGCGGCUGCGGGAAAUCGAGGAGCGGAAUGCCGACCCCAAGGCGCGGCUGGAGACUAUCGAUCAGUACGAGCGUCUGGUCAUCGCCCAGCCGAACAACAGCAUAUCGUGGCUGAAGUACAUCGCGUUCCUGCUGUCCAACACGGAGAUCGAGAAGGCUAGGGACUUGGCGCGGAGAGCCAUCUCCACGAUAUCGUUCCGAGAGACUCAGGAGCUGAGGAACGUGUGGAGCGCCCUGCUCAACAUGGAGCUCGCCUACGGCAGCAAUUUCGACGAGGUGCUGAAGGAAGCCCUCAAGUGCAAUGAUCCGCUCGAGAUCUACAUAUGCGUGGUGGACAUCCUGAAGAAGAACAAGCAGCGGGAGCGCCUCUCCUCCACUCUGACCACAAUCCUGAACAAGUUCAAGGCGCAGGCGCGGAUAUGGCCCGUGGUGGCCGAAGCCUACUUCUGGCUGGGCAAGUCCGACCAGGUGCACAGCCUUCUGCAGAGAGCCCUUAAAGUGCUGCCGAAUCAAGAGCACAUCAACUGCAUCGUGUCCUUCGCCAAGCUGUAUGCCCGCAAUGAUGCCAACGACAUGGCCCAGACCCUGCUCGACGACGUGGUCACCUCGUAUCCGAAAAGAAUAGACAUCUGGUCGGUCUAUGUGGACAUGCUGAUCAAGGCCGGGCUCGUCGACUCCGCCAGGAAUGUGUUGGAACGCGCCGUGCUGCAGAAGCUGAAGCCCAACAAGAUGCAAGUGAUCUACAAGAAGUAUCUGCAGCUGGAGCUGAACCACGGCACGGAGGCCUCGGUGGCCAAGGUGAAGCAGCAGGCCGAGCAGUGGGUGAAGAACUACUCCGUGGCAGUCGAGUAGUUCCACUCGAAGACUAGACUACUGCUCCCUAGAUGAUAAUUAAUUUUUUCGUAGAAUAAGUCGAAAAAGCUAGUGUUCUUUCUUGAUACUUUAUUCUAAAGCUAUUGUAAAUGAAGUGUGAUUCCGAGUGCUACCUUUCUAAUAUAUAUAUAUGUAUAGUAGUACCUAUAUAUUGUAGAAAUACAUUUAGAAAUGUUGGUCGGACGGAGCGGCCUACACCACAGUAUGUAGGAUCGCUGCUCCCGGCCGAUCAACGUAAGACUUGAACAAUAAUCAAAAUAAUAUUCUGAUGGAUAUGGAUAAAAAACACGAGAGAACACGA